UAUAUAAAGGCUGAAGAGCUCACUUCUCACGCUCUGCUUUUCCAGCAGCCAAGUACAAACUUGCUUUACAUAACAAAGUGUAGAUUAGGACCGAUUAGAGAGCCAUCUCCUCAAGGUAGGGCAUUCCUGGGCAAGACAAGCCCGAUCCAAAGCACCUUAGACAUCCCAUUGGCACUCGCACUCUGCUAUCUCAACUCGUCACUGAUAGGGAACCAUAUAUGGGGGGCAGCCCGCUCGCGCUUUCUUGGCGAUAAGGAGCCACCAAUUACAAUUUGGGAAGGGAGACUCUCUCCAGAGAGGCUCUCCCUAUAAAUGCAGCCCGCACUCGCCUGCGACGGGCAAAUCCGAAAUCGGCAGCAAGCAAGAGACACCUGAACAAUAGAACACGGCAAACGCGGGCCGAAUAAAGUGAAUUCCAUGCCAAAGCGAAACGGAAUACAAGUGAAGUGCUAUCGAUACGCCAGAACAAGGGCGAAAAGCUAAAGCAGUCGCGACAUCGAAUCCCCAAGCGAGUCGCGCCUCCACAUCCAAGACCCAAGAACCGUCAAAAUUACUUACUACUACUCGACAAAUUCGUGCGGCGCGUGCAACCAGAGCGAGGACAUCAUGCUCUUAUCCUACCGAUGCAUCUACUCGGUGCUGCUGUCCACCAUAGCCAGCAUUAUGGUGGUGCUCAGCUCUGCAUCCUCCGGCUCCAUGCAGCUGCCCACCGUGCGCAAGUGCGGCGGUGGCGGCACCACGGGAGCAGCCCACACUAUGGCCAUGAAUUUGGCGGCCUACGGACUGCUGGAGAACCGGAUAAGUACUCUGGAAGCACCGCGACAAACGCACUGGACGAAAAAGUUCCUGGCCAAGCAGGAGGCGACUCCCCACUCGGCGCCGUACGUGGUCAGCAUCCAGAUGAUGACACCCGAUCAGGGCCUGGUCCACUACUGUGCCGGCACCAUCAUCAACGAGCACUGGAUCCUCACGGCCGCCCACUGCCUCAGCUCACCGCAGGCGGUGGAGAACUCGGUCAUUGUGGCGGGCAGCCAUGACAUACACGAUCAGAAGGGCGAGGCGAGCAACAUCCAAAUGCGACACAUCGACUACUACGUGCGCCACGAGCUCUAUCUCGGCGGAGUGAAUCCCUACGACAUCGCGCUCAUCUACACCAAGGAGCCCCUAGCGUUUGAUACCUAUGUCCAGCCAGCAACGUUGCCAGAGCAGGAUGCCCACCCCGAGGGCUACGGAACUCUGUACGGCUGGGGCAAUGUCUCGAUGACUGCGGUGCCCAACUAUCCACACCGCCUGCAGGAGGCCAACAUGCCUAUCCUGGACAUGGAGCUCUGCGAACAGAUCCUCGCCCGCUCCGGACUCCAGCUGCACGAGACCAACCUGUGCACUGGACCGCUGACAGGAGGCGUUAGCAUCUGCACCGCCGACUCCGGCGGACCUCUGAUCCAGCAGUGCUGCGAGGAGCACUUCGAGCAGGCCAACAUCGUCAUCGGCAUCGUGUCCUGGGGCAAGAUGCCUUGCGGCCAGAAGAACGCGCCCUCGGUCUUUGUCCGCGUCUCCGCCUUUACGGAGUGGAUCAACCAGGUCAUCAGCACGGCCACCCAGAUCUUGUAAGAUGAUCAUCGGAAAGAUACUGUGCAACUUGGGCAGAUCCUCCCAUGAAUUAGCGCUCGAAUGUGAAGAUAUCGAAAAACGAAAUAUACACAACAAAAAAAAAACACAAAAGAUCGAAAAACCCAAAGAAUAAUGUAGAUUCUCUAGACAAUCUCACUAGACAAAUAAGAUAAACAAAUAUAGAGUUAUAUACUGCCCCCAUUCUAGUAAUUUAAGACAUAGGCUAAGGCUCCAAAAACAUGAAUAAAUUUGUUAAUACUUAAAUAGAACAAA